CCUUGACUAGCGACUAGCGGAGGGCUGUUGUUUCUCUGAUGGAGUGACUCCCCGGCACAGCUCUCUACAGCUCUGUCUGGUCCACAACAGUCUCUACAGCUCUGUCCAGUUCACAUCGCUCUCUACAGCUCUGUCCAGUUCACAUCGCUCUCUACAGCUCUGUCCGGUCUACACAGCUCUCUACAGCUCUGUCCAGUUCACACCGCUCUCUACAGCUCUGUCCGGUCUACACAGCUCUCUACAGCUCUGUCCAGUUCACACCGCUCUCUACAGCUCUAUCUAGUCCACACCACUCUCUACAGCUCUAUCCAGUCCACAACUCUCUCACCAACUCCAGGGGAAAGAAACUGGUAUAGUCUUUCCUCUCUUCGAAGAUGAACCUCUUCUGCUUCUCUCUGGAGGGUUCUAUGGGCAGUCUGUAUGAGGCUGUGCAGGACUCCAGUGAUGCCCAGGUCUACACCAUCCCCAGCCGUUCCUCCAGCCGCUCCUGUAGCCCCGCCGUGCUGCUGAAUGAAAACACCAAGUUGCGUGGCUCGGGACGAUCCAUCUCCAUGGAGAUCUCCCAGAUGCAGAACAACACCAACAAGAAGAAAAGAAGAACACAUAUAUCCAAAUCAGCAUCAGAUAACGGAACAUUAGGUAUGUAUAAUAAAGGUAUGUUUCUGAGGUGUACUUGAUGAAAAGAGAAGUGAUAGC